CACAGAAAGAUUACCUGCCCAGAUUAAGUGCCCAGGAGAGUACUUGACAAGAAAAAAGGGCUGUAAUUACUUAAAAGAUUAAAGUGUAGGCUAUGCUGUUAUGAUGCGCCCAGUAGGCUACUGUAGCAACAGCCGCUUCGGCUCGGCCCGGGUUGAUGAUUGAAAACAGACAGCACAAAGUCUUAUCGCGUGUUCUCAAGGCAGACGGGAAACUACCCUACUCGAGCAGCGGAGAGAAAUUCACACCCCCGGUCCGGUUCACUUUCUCAUCCGCUCACUUAUGGAUAAGACGUGUCUGACUUGACGCUCUGAUGAUCGGAUGCACCAAACGAACAUUUUUGGAAAACUUUUCUCGUUGACGUUGAUUAAGAGCCGCCUGUGCUUGUCCUCUGCGAUUACACAAGUGCUCGUUUGAUUAUUUUUGCUUACACACUCUCUCGCCCUGCGCAGCUCCUCUGUCUGACUGGAACUUUUUUCUAAGUAGGCUAAUUCGUCGAUGAGUCACCUUAAAACCCUCACGGCUUGUGUGUUGUACUCCGUUUCUAGACUAUCGAGGUUCCGUUCGGGUUGAUGGAGGCUUGCGAGUCCCCAGAGGCAGUUUUUCACGGAUCUUACCAAAGCCUUUUCCAAAACGUGCGCGUAAAGAGAGCGAACAACGAGAGUUUGGACAUUUCUAGCUCCAAGAAGUGCGGCUUCCUGCAGGAGACCGCGUCGAGGGAAAUGCGUUUAAGCAAGCUGUCCCCCCGCAGAGGAAUUCUACGCUCCCCCGAAAAAGAGUGCGAGAGUACGAUUUCGGUGAUACAGUUAGCGGCAAGCCGCAUUCAUUUUCUCAAGAGUUCAACAGAAAGCAAAAGCGACUCAUCUCUGUCAUCUAGCGGCUCGGGCCUCGCAGACGCCACCGAAAGCAGCGACAGUCGCGCAGGUUUCCUACGGGGCGCCGAGAGUGGGCAGAAGGGCUACGGUGCAGCUGAAGUUCACAAGCACGAGUUGGGCUCGGGCCGUGACGCAAGUGUGGCGAGUUGUAGUCGCGCAUGCAGUAGCGGCAUCACCAUUUCGGAGACAGCGCGAGAGCUGUGCAAAGCCGUGUCAGUGUCUUUGGGCUUAGCUAUGGAGUCCAGCGAACUAGGCGAGGUGGGACCGCACCAUGCACCGCCACUGACCACUGAAAGUAGUAGUGAUGAAAUGUAUAUGCCUUUGCUCGACUGCUCAGUGAGCGAACCUGGGGCAGGAGCGAAAGACAGAGAGUACGCUCUCGCGAUGGGACAGAGAGACAGAGGCUUAGAGCUGCGAGGCAGGGACAAAGUGCUCGGGAUGUUUAAAAGUAGCGAUCUGGUGCAGCUAGCAGGGGAUGUGACAACCUCGCAGUACAGCAACGCGUCUAAAUCCCAUUUAACAUCGGCUUUGCAGGAAGUGCACGAGUUCGCCAGCAUGUCCGGGGACAUUGCCAACCCGAGUUCAGAAGGUACGGCAGCAUCGGAUAUGGACGCGACGCACGCAGCUUCGUGUCAGUUCGAACAACUGUUGCCCGCGAGCAUGGCCCAUUUCGUCCACCCGGAGUUCGAAAACGGACCGAGCCAAAGCUUCGCGAAGCCCUCGGCGAUGUCCGGAGAGUUUACGGAGAAUUACGCGAAUCAGUAUAAUGUCAAAAUUAAGGCAGAGAUGAUGCCCCGUGAUCUGAAUGGCACCUGGGCGUACCCGCAUAGGUACGCUGAUGACUCGAAUGGCCAGUACGGGCCUCCAAAACAGAGGACCACUUACGCUACUGACCACGAAACGCCGUUUAUUUCUAACCCAUACGAGUACGGCCAAAGCGGGUCUCUGGUUCCGCGGGAGCGACCUCCGCCCGAACAGUGGUACCCGGUCGGGAUGUUGGGCCGUCCCCCGUACCCUAACGUGCCCUGUGUGAAAAACGAGGUGGGCGAAUGGCUGGAUGUAACAUCGUUAACAGAUGGCAGGUUUGAUGCGGGGCGGAGUGACAUUUUCCCAAUGGAGUUUUUCCUUCCUCCUCAAAGGACAUGCCUAAUCUGCUCUGAUGAAGCUUCUGGAUGUCACUAUGGAGCCCUCACUUGUGGAAGCUGCAAAGUGUUCUUCAAGAGAGCUGCCGAGGGGAAGCAGAAGUAUCUCUGCGCUAGCAGGAAUGACUGCACCAUAGAUAAACUGAGGAGGAAGAACUGCCCGUCCUGCCGUCUGAGGAGGUGUUUUGAGGCUGGGAUGACCCUGGGAGCCCGCAAGCUGAGAAAGAUUGGACAGGUGAAAGGUCCGGAUGAGGUCGGCUCCGUUCAGGGCCCGUCAGAGAGUGCCCAGUGCCUGUCGCCCAAGCCCUGCUUGACGUUCCACUCGCAGCUGAUCUUCCUGAACAUCCUGGAGGCCAUCGAGCCAGAGGUGGUGAACGCCGGCCACGAUCACGCUCAGCCUGACUCGGCUGCUGCUCUCCUCACCAGCCUUAACGAGUUGGGAGAGAGGCAACUUGUCAAGGUAGUAAAAUGGGCCAAAGGACUUCCAGGUUUCCGUAACCUGCAUGUGGAUGAUCAGAUGACAGUCAUUCAACACACUUGGAUGGGAGUGAUGGUCUUUGCUCUGGGUUGGAGAUCCUACAAGAACGCUAAUGCGCGGAUGCUGUAUUUCGCUCCAGACCUGGUCUUCAAUGAUCGUAGGAUGCAUAUCUCCAGCAUGUACGAGCACUGUAUUCAGAUGAAGCACCUCUCACAGGAGUUUGUGCUGCUGCAGGUCACACAGGAAGAGUUCCUCUGCAUGAAGGCCCUCCUCCUCUUCAGCAUCAUUCCAGUGGAGGGGCUGAAGAGUCAGAAGUAUUUUGAUGAGCUGCGUCUGACAUAUAUAAACGAGCUUGAUCGUUUAAUCAACUAUGGCAGGAAGAGCAACUGUGCCAUGCGCUUCCAACAGCUGACCCGAAUGAUGGACUCACUGCAACCAAUUGUUCAGAAGUUGCACCAGUUCACCUUUGACCUCUUUGUCCAAGCCCGGUCCUUGCCCACAAAGGUCAGCUUUCCCGAAAUGAUUGCAGAAAUAAUCUCAGUCCAGGUGCCAAAGAUCCUCGCCGGCCUGUCUAAACCAAUCCUGUUUCACAAAUGACAUGACUACGCCCCUGAUCCGCCAAUCCAUACCAACCCCACCCAGGUCAUAUGAGCCAGUCUGUUCGGCCUGAUCCAGUUUGAUCCAGCCUAAACCAGCCUACGAUGCUUUUAAUGUGGACUCGAAUCGAGCGAUGAGACUGAAUGAUACAGAUUUUUGAUUUCUAACCCCCCCCCCCCCCUCCCUUUCUAUAUCAGUCUCGUCUCCCUCGGUUUGAAAAAUGGCCCUGAAAAGUAGUGGGACCAUUACAUCAUUACAGUUGUCUAUCUUCUCCUCAGAGAUCAUUUGAGCUCAUUUUCUCAAACUGACAGCACGGUUUUGUUCUUUCUUUCGACCAGCAGUUAUCCUUCAAGAGUUACAGCGUGUUGCCCGGUGGAUAUGUUGGAAAAAAAUAUCACUGCAGUUUCACCUGAGCCCUUAAUCAAAAAAAAAAAAAAAAAAAAAAAAAGAAGACAUUACAUAGAUCCCUAUCAGAGUGUGACCUGCCCUGACUCUCUAUGCAUCGUGAGAUAAAAAGGUUUCAUUUAUUGUCUGUGAAUUGACAGAUCAGGGCAAAUUAAGGCAACAUGCUUCGAGAAAUAUAUCCGAACAUGGCGAAAACCAAGACAAAUCUCUGCACUUAUGACUUUUCCAACACACUGCUAAAUACAGUACUUUAGUAUUAAAACAAUAUGAUACAGAAUUCAGUACAGCAGAGUUUCUACCCUGCUUUAUUAGUUUAUUGAUUGUAAAACAAGUGCUUCAUUCAUUUAUUAUGAAAUGUAGAGGCUCUUUAUAAAAGCUUUUUAAAAGGAAUUAUUCAUUCAGAAUGUUUAGGUUAUGUGACUUUUUCGUUCAAUUGGAAAUCUAUUACAGUAGGGUUUGAAAAUAGCCACUGAACGGCUGAAAGGACAGCACGAUGAAAAACAUCUCAGUCAUCGCGAGUUGCCUCCUCUAGACAGCAGACUUUUGUUAAGACGAGGCUCAGCACCCUUUUUACAACCCGGAUAUUUAAGUUCAGGUUUUAGGGUAUAAUGUUGACAGUUUGUAUAUAGAACAUAAAUACAGCAAAGCUUGGGUCCGCAUAGAAGAUCUUCAAAACCCAAUAUACAUAUAAAUCUAUGCAUGCUGUCUUCAUAUCCAUCAUGACAAAUAAUUGCAUGCUAAAGCCCUGACGUUAGAUAUAAAAAAAUAAUAAUAAUAAACUGCGUUUCCAGUAAGCUAAAUGGAUAUUGUUAGGAAACAGAACUGUUUUCCCAUAAGGCUCUUAUGAAGUCUCUCUCUCUUCACUGUUCUUAAUGGAAGAAUUGGCAAGGGUAUAUAUAUAUGUAAAGGUUAAGCGUGGUUCUUUUCAACCUUUCUAUGUGCUAAUGUAUGGAUGUAGUCAAUAGUUUAACAGUACAGUUUCCUCUCUUUCCUUUAUAGUAAGUGCCACUAAGGGAUUUGUAUUUCUCCACGCUAGCAAUAAGUAAUUACAUGCUUAACACACUCUUUUAACAAGCACAUUUAGAAUACAAAAACACGCUUCAAAUGAUACACCGAUUUAAAAAAACAAACUAAACAAAACAAAAAAGAGCUAUGCGUACGCGAGACAACACUGGACAGCACUGUUAUUUUAUCAGGAACUCGUACCAAACAUCAUGAUCACCAUCAACCGCCGCAAAUCAACGACGAGAGGUGCUAAAGCUCUCCUAUUUAUUCACGAGGGUGUUAAAUGAGACAAAAGACAAAAAAAAACAGACAAAAAACAAAAAAAAACAAGGCAUAUGUAUUUUUACUCCGCUUUUGCUUCAAUUAAAGCAUUCUCUAUCUAUCCCUCAGAAAGUAACAUCUUUACUUGUAUUUUCUAGAUGUCUUUUUCCUCUGCACGCUCUUUGUUUCUAAAUGAUUGAAUAAUGCCUGCAGCGUUAUGUAUGUAGAUUACUCUUUAAAGAGCCCAGAAUUCGCGAUGCUGUUGUCUUUGUCAGACUCGGGGUGACCUGGGGUGUGCUUUCAGUAGAGCAGGGAGUUUUCCGCCGAGUUAAAACGACGAGAUGUGGUUUAGCUGCUCGAGCUCUUGUCGCCGUAGAGCAUGUUGACGCUUUAAAUGUGCCAGGCAGAGAAUAGGCUGUCAGAGACAGCUCUUCUGCUCUGACAGCACCGAGCACCGCACAAUUACACGCAGGUGUUUACCCAUUUAGACGGCCCAAAAGCACUCAUUAGAAUUUGCAGAACUCCAAACUGCACUUUUACCCUGCCAAAAAAAAAAAAAAAAAGAGCUCAUGACUUCCACCACAAACAUGCAGCACUUUAGGACGGAGCUGAAGCCAAAGUCUGAUCACAAAAGUCGUUCAUUAGCCGGCGGAACUUUGGAGGAGGACACUUGCAUGUGAAGACAAAUACAGCUCAUUCAAACUUGACUUUGUGAGAGACACCGUCUCUGUCUUGCAAAUGUUUCAAACGGAACGUUUCUAAUGUCAUUUAGCGAUGCUCAAAUGUAACACCCCGCAUGUGUGAACCAACUUGUGCUUGGAUGGUCCAUACGCCGAUUUGUGACUUUCUUAAGACAUCUCUUAAGAGCUAUUAUGUUGAACUUUGUGUGUUGGAUUUACUGUUACUGUGUGCGGUGUGACAGCCAAUAGCAAAAGCAUAUGUUUAUAUGCACUCUUGUAAAUCUGUCAAUUAUUGAAUUUGGCCUGUGUUGAUGACAAAAGGUUUGCUUGGAUCCUGCCAAUGUUUCCUCUCCACGUGAACAACACAACCUGGAGCCUUAAUAACAGUCUGCAUGUCACCAGGAUGCUUCCUGUGGUUAUAAAUUGGCCUGUCAGUACACAAGGGAGGAAAAAUGCUAUAUCACGAUCUCUCAAUGAUAGAAUAUAAUUUUCUAAUGUGUAUUACUGCGAAGUAUCUUGAAAUAAAGAGCUACGUUAAGCUGAAACAAGAGCACCACACUGGUUUACAGACAAAAUGUGCUAAUGAAACCAUGAAAUAGCUAUAUCUAUUUAUGUCCUGUUUCAGCUUUGUAAACCAUAUAAGAACUCCCAUAUGUGUAACAAUGACUUUUUUCUUUAAAGAAAAACUCUCUUUGCUGACUGAUACGAGCAAUUACAGUACUAAUAAUUAGCGAAUGCUUUUUUACAGCUUUUUCCUCUGUGUGAAUAAUUCCUGUCUUUUCCUGGUGUUAUGGGAUAUUUUUUCGCAUUUCCAUACGCAGACUGAGGAUCUGGGUAGUUCGGCUUUAUAUGACUAGAAGAGGAAAGAGGCUUCUUAAACAAUGUUUGUUACUUAAAUCUUUGUAACUUUAUAGUCUUUUUUUACAGCCGUUGUGUGUAUGUGUGAGUCUGUGCAUGCACGCUUUUCGCAGGUAAUUUAGUACUGUUAUGUAGUGUUGUAUUGACAUUUGUUAACUGAUGAUUUCUUUUUUCAGUUUGCAAACUGAUUUCCACUCGUAUGGAAAAUCGCUUAUCAGACACGCUCUGAUUCCUGUUGUGUAGAGCCUGUGUAAAUCGGGGUUGUUUGUGUUUUUCCUCUUUCAAUUCAAUAAAAAUAUUUGAAACUCU